CUUCUGUUCCCGCGCUGACAAGAAUUAUCUAAACUCAAACAUCUCCAAACCUCUUACAAACCUUCAACUACAGCAGAUAUCCCAAAACAACAUGGAGUCAACCAACAAUACUGCCAGUAGAUCGGAGUCAGUUGUCGUGAUGAUUGAUCUUCUAAGAUUAGCCAGAGAGUUCCAAGGAGCCGGUGAGAGAGUGGAAGUGAGAGGUAUUACAAAGUCAACCAGCAACAUUACCCGCGAAGGGGAUAAUGAAAACAGAGGAAUGAUCCUUGAGUUCGCUACAGGAGGGCUUAUGUUUGUCUUUACCCACGUUGGCGACAAGAUGGCAGCGACUUCACUUUCAAGCAGUCUCCCAGACACAACCACAGCAGAGAACUUUUCGCAAUCCGUUCUUAACCUCAUGAGCUCGGAGCGGAUUACAUCGGAUCCCGAUAGACUUCUCUUUCAAAUUGAAUCCAAAGAAAGGGUAUCAUUGAUCGACGUAAAGCAAGCGAUCGAACUUAGAAUGCUUGACGACAAAGUGGAGAAGAUUCGAGCAAUCAAGCCAAGAUUACCUUAUGGCGCUCCCAAAUUCAGGGAGAUGUAUGACCUUGCCGUGGUAUGCUCGAAUGCUGGCUUCAUGCUUCCAGGUUUCAGCGCACAACUCUCCUUCCCAACGUCGCCGAGGUUCGAAGUCAAGAGGGCCUUAGGGAAUUUGUCUAAGUUGACAUCUGAUGGAAUCAGAUUUGUCCCCUUGUUGAGAUCAAUGACGGACUUACACAAGGAAUGUGACAUCAGAGAGGGAAUGUCUGACGAGGAAACCUCGGAAAUCAGAAAUUCGACUCUCACAACUCCAAGCGGUCAAGUUGUUCCUCUUGAAGAAGUCGAGGAAUUGCUUCGUGAUGCCGGCUUCGGCGGAAAGGAUGAUGCAGAUAUCCACUUAUCGGAAUGGUCUGAUGAAGAAAUGGUGCAGUUGGUCGAAAGAUUGGCCAAGGCUUCUAUUAAGGCUGGCUGGAUCUAGGAGGUUCUGAUGCAUUGUGGAGGAAGCGGGGGUGAAAUAGAGUUGGGGAAUUUAUCGCAUGUACUGCGCGGCACCAGCG